CCCUCACCAAGCUUCAGUCAACAACAACAUGAAGCUCCUCAACUUCAUCUUCACCCUCUUGAUCACCGCACCCGUCUACGCGAAAGACAACAAACUCCACCAGUGCAGCAACCAUGGCGAGGUCAAGUGUGCCAGCCCCUAUGGUCCUGUCAUAUUGAAAUGCCAAAACGGAAUCUGGGUCUUCCGCCGUCCCCAUGGUGCUUGCCCACCGGGCACUUAUUGCGUCCAGACCCCAGAGGUCAAAUCUAAUAGGACCCUCGCCAUAGAACUUGCAACCAGCAAAUAUGACAGGCUUUCGAUGGCAGGUGCAAGAACGAGUGCAAGCGGCGCUGCUAAGUGCACUUCUCCCCUCAACAUCGGCACACGGGGUGAUCAUGAUGGAUUUUGCGAGUUCAAUGGCUUAGCUACCUUUAGUGUUCGGGAUACACGGAGGGGCUAUGUGAGUUCAAUGGACACUCAGAGGGAACUCGGAAAUGGUUAG